AUGACCGAUUCUGAAGAUAUUCGGAAGUCUUUGGAAGAAGCCUUGGAUCGCCACGAGAACCAAAUCGAAAUACUUCGGAAAGAUCUGACGGUGAGAGAAGAGAAGCUUGAAUUGAAAAUUGAACUCGAGAAUACUAUGAAACGCAUUGGUGCGAUUCGCGAGGAAAUGGUGCAGAAGCAGGAGAAUGUGACGAAAGCGAUCAUCGCGGUCUUCAGGGACCACCCAGAAAAGCUGAACUUCAGUGUAUACUCGGCGGCGGCCGUCAAUAUGUUCGACACGGCGAUCAUGAGAAUCAACGAGUUGGAGAUGAGCAUGCGAGACAUCUGCUGUCGAACGCUGAUGUUCAUCGACGCUGCCAAUCCGCGCAUUCCGCCGAAUUUCCACGAGAGGGAGCAGGAAAUAGAAAGGGCUCUCGAAGCGGUCAGAUUCGAGACUUUCUUCGGUCAAAGGCUCUUCCAAUUUUCAGAUGCAAUUGAGCGAAGAGACGACGGCGGCGGCGGCGCAGAAAAAGAAGACGUCGAAGAAAGCGAAGAAGACGAAGAGGAAAAAUAA